AUAUAUAGUUUUCUAGAAAUUAUUUGGAAUCAGUUAUACAUAUUAAGAUGGAGAAGGUGAUGAGGUUGACUACAGAAAAGGGGGUGGUGAUAUUCACAAAGAGCUCUUGUUGUCUGUGUUAUGCAGUUAACUUUCUGUUUCAAGAAAUCGGAGUGUUCCCUGUGAUUCAUGAAAUUGACAAAGACCCUGAAGGCAAAGAAAUGGAGAAAGCUUUAAAAAAGUUGGGUUUGAAUGCACCUGUCCCUGCAGUGUUCAUCGGAGGAAAGCUAGUGGGGUCCACCAAUGAAGUAAUGUCACUCCAUUUAAGGGGUUCACUCAUUCCACUACUAAGGCCAAACCGAGUUUAACAUACUUUAAUUUGCUUGAUUAUUUGGAACACAUGCAAAUUACAUGUUCCUGCAACUAACUUUAUUGGAAGAAUAAACAGCGCUUCAAUCACUAUCAUUAAAAAAAUGUAAAAGAAACGUACUAUAUAUGGGUAUUGGCUAUCCAAUUAUGGGUGAUUUAGUUUCUAGCACUUGAUUAGCUAUAAUAUAAUCAGCUAAAUAUUUAUAAAGUUUACUUGUCAAACUUUAAAGUUACUUCAAAGAAGGACUAAUAAUUUUUAAC